AUGCUUAUUGUUAAGGUGAUUCGACUUGGCCCAUGUGAAAUAGACUGGGACUACGACAUGAUUGUUGCUAUUCUAAGAAAGGCCCAUGAAAUUUUGUCACAGGAGCCUACACUUCUGGAGCUAACUGUUCCUGUCGCUAUUUAUGGGGACAUACAUGGGCAAUACAGUGAUAUCUGGAGGUGGUUUCAUGUGAACGGAUGGCCUCCUGAAACUCGCACUCUCUUCUUGGGAGACUAUGUCGACAGAGGUCGUCACAGCACAGAGGUUAUACAGUUUGUUUAA